GGCCCCCGCUCAUUCUAGGUCUGUCGCUCUCAGUGCGUAGAGCACAGACAGCACCGCCAUCGCAGCCGUCGCCGAGCACCCAGAACAGUGAAAGCGUCAUUCCAGACUCCACCAAGAUGACGGCAGCCGCGGUGUGGACCCGAUACAAGCCCGCGCAGUUAGCUCAACAUAGCCGGAAAAUCAUCUCCUGCUUGAACUUACCAGGAGCAGACAUGCCGUGCCCGUUCUUAACUCGUCUGUCCAGCACAUAUGUGCGCAACUAUGGGACCUCUCUUCUCAAGACAUAUGGACAACAUUGCCCUGUUGUAUCAAGACUUGCAAGCUCCGUGGCCUCGACUGAUUCCAACACUGCAAACAAUGAAGGAGCUGCUCAAGCCAUGAAGAAGUGUCCCUUCCUUGCCGAAGUGACCCCUCUUGUGAAGGAAGCUGGCAAAGAAGACAUCAUCGAGUCUACAGCCAACUCGCAUCCAGUGUGGGUUGGGCAGGAAGGAUCGACAGAGGAAGCUGCAUCUGGUGUGGGAUCUUUGCCUGGUGUGCCCGAAGGAAACAUGAAAAAUGUUGCCAAUAACAAACAUGGAAAGUGUCCUGUUCCUCAUGGAAAGGGUGGUGAAGAUGGCAAGUUUGAAUACGAGGAGUUUUUCCAUGAGCAGAUAAUGCGCAAGAAGCAUGACCACUCCUACCGUGUUUUCAAGAAAGUCAAUCGUUUGGCCUCGGACUUCCCUUCUGCUCUUGAGUACAGCUGGGGAGAAAAACCCAUCACUGUUUGGUGUUCAAAUGAUUACCUUGGUAUGAGUCGCCAUCCGGAGGUGAAGGGUGCUGUCAGGCAUGCACUUGAAACCUAUGGAGCUGGUGCUGGUGGCACCCGCAACAUUUCUGGAAACUCCCUCUUUCAUGAAGGGUUGGAAGAUGACCUGGCAAAGUUGCAUCAGAAGGAAGCAGCUUUGCUUUUUACAUCUUGCUUUGUUGCAAAUGAUUCGACCCUCUUCACUCUUGCCCAAGCGCUGCCAGGCUGCCAUAUCUUCUCAGAUGCAGGGAACCAUGCAUCCAUGAUCCAAGGAAUUAGGAACAGCCGUGUUCCUAAACACAUAUUUAAGCACAAUGAUGUGGCUGAUCUUGAAGCAAAAUUGUCUGCUGUUGAUAAAAACCUUCCAAAGAUUGUUGCAUUUGAAACUGUGCAUUCCAUGACUGGGGCUGUGUGUCCCCUAGAGGAGUUGUGUGAGGUUGCCCACCAUUAUGGGGCUCUCACUUUUGUGGACGAAGUGCAUGCUGUGGGGCUCUAUGGUGAGCACGGAGCCGGCAUCGGGGAACGAGAAAAGCAGCUGCAUAAUAUGGACAUCAUUUCUGGAACUUUAGGCAAGGCAUUUGGCAAUGUUGGAGGCUACAUUGCUGGAACAUCCAACCUUGUGGAUAUGAUCCGUAGCUAUGCUGCCGGUUUCAUUUUCACUACUUCUCUGCCACCUACUGUUUUGGCUGGAGCAAGAAAAGCUGUUCAGAUCCUGGCUUCUGAAGAAGGGCGCGAGUUGCGUGCUCAACAUCAGGAAAUAGUCAGAUACCUUCGAUCCCAGCUCAAAGCAAAUGGAUUACCAGUUGAACACACACCCUCUCACAUCAUUCCAAUUAAGAUCGGAGAUCCCCUUCUUGGUUCAAAAGUCAGUGAUGAAUUACUCCGCAACUAUGGACACUAUGUCCAAGCAAUCAACUAUCCAACUGUUCCUCGAGGACAAGAAAAGCUGCGCAUGGCUCCUACCCCACACCACACAAAGCCAAUGAUUGAUCGUCUGAUUGGAGACAUGCUCCAAGUCUGGAACAAGCUUGGGAUGCCCCUGUCUCAGGAAACCUGCCCGAAGUCUUGUACAUACUGCCAGAAACCAUUACUGUUUGAGCAUUUUGAGGCUCGUGUUCGCAACUCUCAAAAUAGCUGCAAGCCCUUUUCACCUUGUGAAUUACCCAACUGCCCUCAAAUGAUCGCAGCCGUCAACUGAAGUCCCAGCUCAAUACCCUGCUUUCCAAGCCUUUGAUUGGAAGAAUAGGAUGAUUGACUUUUGAAACAUAUUGUAUCUCAUUCAUUGCUAUGCCUGUUGAGGUUGAUUGUACACUUUGGGGAGAUAAUUUUAAUUCUGACUUAACACUGUAUGUCUAAAGAAUUGCACAUGUAGAGAGUGAGAAUGUAAACCUCCUUGCCUGUUCUGUUGUCAUUCCAUGUAUUUAUGAAAUUGGUGUAUGUAUACUCUGGCAUUGUCUCGGGUAGAUUAUUGAGUGCCAUGCACUUGGGGUUUUAAAAACCCUGUAUGAAAUGGUACAACUAUUUUUAUGUUGAUUUGAGCACUGUAAGUAGUGGUGUCAGUUAGGCUGGUCCUACUCUCACUACUUUCAAAUAAACAAUUUAUAGCUGAUGUGUAGACAUGAUUUUGUUGUGUGAUAAAAGCAGUGAUAGACUAAAUUUGGAAAAAUAUUAUGGAAAAAUUACUUUGCUUGAUAACAUGGCAUUCUAUCUCUUGGUGUUGGUUGUAAUUUGAGUGAAAGAAUUGCUGUAUCUAGAAGCAUGCUUUCGAAGGAUUGGAAAAAUGAUCAACUGCCUACCAGCUUUGAUUGGGCUGAAGUGGCUAACUAGUUACCUUUAAUGACAUUGACUAAUAAAUACCGGCAGUAUACCAGA